GAUGAAACCUCUUUUUCUCUCGCAGCUGCUUCUCUUUUUGUUUUCUUCCACUCUACUUCCAUGGACUUGGUUGAAGUGCACGCGGAUGAUAUUGAAUUGAAUUUAAAGAAAAAAUCCCAACAAUACUCAGACCAAUUAUCAGCCCCAAGAAUCAUGACCAUUCUCACAUAUUUUUGGCCCUUGUUUGCUUCCACUACUAUGUUCUUUGUUGCAAUAAUAGCCUUUGGAGGUGUUUCCAAAUUCUCAGCUGAAGAUCGCGACGAAAAAGCUGGUCAAGGGCUCUUGGAUUAUGUAGCAGGAAUGCCAGAAUAUACAUAGAAUGUUCAAAACUUCUGAAUGCAUCAAAGGUGGUUCAAGUUUCACUGUUUCAUUUAGAUAUAAACCAAAACAAUUAUAUAUUGUUCUUUGUAUUCAAAUCCAUGCUCAAAUGAUAAUUGUGGCAAUCCUAUGUGUAUAAGAAUGUCACAAACAUGAGUGAAAAUAUAAAUAUAAAUGCUCAAAUGUGUAUUCCAAUUCAUUAAAUCUACUGUUUUUGCAUUUAAGAACA